UUGGUUGCAUCGCAUCCUAUUACCUUUUCUCCGCGUCCUCCAGUUUGACCUUAUGUGAAACAUACAUUCCUUGAGCCGCUGUAUUAUAUUUAGACGGCUGAUGCCCCGCGAUUGAGAAUAUGUUCAUUGGGCUCAUUGGAACCAGCAUAGAUACGCAGCCUGCCUGGAGUUUGGAAUAACAGCACAAUGGAACUCUCUAAGGUCGCCAUCAUCGCCGCACCAACCAAGGAGCCCCAAGCAGUGACCAACCCGAGUUCUAGCAUAAUUGCAAUAUCUUUGCCCACUCUAGUGGUCAUUCUCCGAUGCCAGCGAGUCCUUGCUGCUGGAUCCCUAUCUCUUCAUACCAAAAUCAUCUGGUUCGUCUGGCAAUUCUCCCAGGUAGUCCGAAUUUUCGCUAGCCAAGUAUAUUCGGUUUUGAAGCUUUCUCGAUACCACGCGGCGAUUCUAGGAAGAACAAUAUGGAAGACGAAGUCAAUCCAGCAUCUAAGGAAGAAGAUUGUUUUCGAGCUCUUCACUCUGAUGCUUGGCUCUUGUGGCAAUUCGCUGUGCCUAGUUCUAUUCUGGCCCGGAUGGUGGUUCCUAGGAAUAACCUGGCUGAUCAUUUGCUAGCUAACUAGCCAGUCAUUUUCGUUCAGUAAGUAAGCUCCAAGCAAUCAACCGCAAUCCAACCCGCCUAACAAGCGAUAUUAAAUAGACCAAGAAAUGCAUUUCAGCCUUGACCCAAAGCACCACGCAGAGACAAGUGGGAUCAGGUCACCGAUUAGUUAGUAAAGCUUGCGCUGUACUUAGGAAUAAAAGAAAGCAUUUCCGCCGAGGUCGCGCCUUACUUCCUUCUGAUAGUCCUUCUCCGGGUCGAACUCUUGCCAA